AUAUAAUGAUUUUUGAGAGAAUAGCCCAUAACCAAAAUAAGAAUCACUUCGUAUAGCAAAAUUAUCUUGGAAACUCCUUUGGUACCUACAGGCUCAGUGUAUGUGAAAGGCAUUUAGUUUAAUCUCAUCUUUCCCCAAGAAUAAUCGUUUUCUUCAGUCAUAUGCAUCACAACAAAGACAGGACAUUUGGUACUCAUCAACGAUGUUCUUCCAGAGCUACUUCAGUGGCUUCUCUCGAUUACAAACUGUUUUUGGAAACUCCAGAUUCUUUCCACUGAUUCAGCAAUAGCCUCUUAACUAAUUUAUAAACGGCUGUGAUUUAGCAGCUCCAGGAAGUUAGAGGAUACUGUUGUGGAAUUUGGUUAUUCUUACAGCAAACUCUUUCUGCUCUUUACUGUCUUGAGACCAUCUCCUACUUUCUUUGCUGAAAACAGGUUCCCAGUGAAAUCUUUCAAAGCCACAAUGCAAAAAAUAUCAGUUUGGCUUCUCCUCAGUUUAUCCUAUUCUUUAUCCAGUGCACGGAGACCAAGAGAAAGACAUACUCCUGUCCCCUAUUCCCAAGAUGACAUCCGUGUCCUCUCUCAGGGGCUGCUGCAGCUUGGAGCGGAGCUCAAGAUGCAAGUGAGCUACAGCAAAAGUCACAUUGGCCACCUGUUCAAACAACUGGACUCUCUGAAUUCCUCUUUAGGUGAGCUUCUAACUCAAGUCAGCCAGCAGGGGAGGAAGAAAGAGGACCUGGAGAGGAGAGCUGAGCAGAUCCACCAGAGGAAUGAAGACCUCCAUCAGCUGGUUGCUGAGCUCCAGCAUCAGAUGGUUGCAGGGAUGAAGGACAGAGAGAAAUUCAAUGAGAGGCUAACCUUGCUGGAGCAGAAGCAUGAGGAUGCUGUGUUCCUCAAGGCAGGUGGGCUUUCUCGGGCAGAAGUGAUGGAUGACAUUAUGCCCUUUUUUCAAAGACAGAGUCAAAGAAUUGAUGAACUAUUUGCGGAAGUGGAAAUGCAGCAAAACCAACUGCACAAACGAGACACCCUCAUUAAAAGGCUGCGGGAAAAGGUUAAAUCAAAGCACAAACUCACAAAGGAAACAGUGAAAAAUGGAAAGAAAACCCCUGCUGUGUAGGGUGUAGAGAAUGUUCCAUCUUCAGGAAUCAGCAUCAGG